AUGCAUGAAAGAACAAGAACGCCGGGUACUUCGUUUUCUUCCUCUAGCUUCUCAAGUGAUGAAGAUGAAGAUGAAGUUGACUCGAGUGUGGAUGAAACAACAGGAACGGGUGAUCAUCACUUCGACACUUGGUUUAAUCCGGACCUCUACAUGGGCAAUGAAGGCAUCGAAACUUUCUUGAAUAAUGAUGAAGAUAAGCAUAUUCAAAUCUUGGUUCAGAGAGAGAGUAGAGCUGGUUUUGGAAUAUCCGAAAGUUUUGUUAAAACUCCAAGUUGGUUGGAGAGUGCUCGCUUGGAAGCCAUUGUAUGGAUUUUCGAGGCUCGGGAAUCCUUUGGUUUCCUAUACCAUACAGCCUAUAUAAGCGUGACUUACUUCGAUCGCUUCCUUUCAAUUCUGCCCAUAAUUGAUGAUGGGGAGAUUUGGGCUAUUCGAUCACUAGCUACGGCAUGUUUGUCUUUGGCAACAAAGAUCGAGGAGAAUGAGAAAAGGCCGGGGCUAUCAAAACUGUCAGGUUACAAUUUUGUGUGGGAGGCGAUUUGGAGAAAUGAGCUAAUUGUUCUUGAAGCAUUCGAAUGGAAAAUUGCUCCAAUAACUCCUUUUCAUUAUCUGAAUUAUUUCAUCAAUAAAUUCUGUGGUGAAGCUAAACCAGAAGGAUUGCUCUCUAGAGUUGUGCAACUUAUUAUGGCUGUCACCAAAGAGAUCAAUUUAAUGGAUCAUCGGCCAUCUAUUAUAGCUGCCUCUGCAGUAUUAAGAGCAUUUGAUGAUCAAUUAACUACAGAACAAUUCGAGCUCAAGAUGAAUGAUGUGAUUUCAUUGUGGGGGUCCAUAGAAAAUGAACAUAUAUUCUCCUCUUAUUAUAUGAUGGAGAAUGUAGAGAUGGGGAAAGUUAAGACAAUCAGGCCGACAGCAGAUUUCUUUAACUUAUCAUCAACGCAUUCAAGCUUAAUAGGUGUCGUUCAGAGUUCUUCUCAUACAGUUGCUGUUCGCAUCAAGAGGAAACUUGGUUUUGCUAAUUUCGGAAGCCAAGAUCAGAAGAGAAGCCGCGAGUCAGAUAGCGGAAUUUGA